AUGGCUGAUACUUCACCAGUCAAAAGGAAUCGUCCUGGAAGGUUUGUUGGUGUACGACAAAAGGAAAUUAUUAUAAAUUUUUACAAAAAUCUAAUGUUUGAGCAACAAACCGCAGAAGAGGAUAAAAAACUAAAAUAUAAAGAAAUCGUCAAGACUCUAUCAAAGAUGAGUGGUGUUGGACAAAAAACAGUGAUCAACAAAGUAAACGAUUUUGACCAAAACGCCAUUAGAUAA